UUUCAACAUCCUGAAUGAAAUAACAGUUGAAAUGAGGAAUGUUUGAAAACAGAAAAUGAAUCCAUUAAAUUGUGUUGUUGUAACCAUUUUAUAUUGUUUGGGAGAAAUUUGGAAAGGUCAAGGAAUUUUCAUAUCACAAUGUGAAACGCAUUGGGGCCAUUCUAAAUGCUCUUUGGAAGAACCAAAUAUCACUUGCAAGGAUGAUGGCGUAUGCAUACUAGAAAAUGGCUUGGAACUUUUGCAAAAUAUAGAUGUUCCAGUUAAUGGAUUGUGGAUAGGAUUUGCCAAAACAUGGAUAAGCUAUGCUUAUGUUGGAUGUAACAACAUAUCUAUUGAAGACGACAUUUCUGUUUCAACUCUUGGCGAAUGCAGACGUACCACAGGCUGCCGAACAUUUGGAAUACGGAAUUCAACAACGGGUUUACGAUGUACGUGUGCUGAUAAUAUCAUAACUAAAAGGCUGAACAAAUGCAUAGAAAAAUGCGAAGAAGUGGAUGAGUAUCCUUGUGGUAGAGCAACAGACACCAACAUAUUUUCAAUUUAUACGGUUGAAAAUGUUCCUCCCAGCACGUAUGCACAAGACAAAGACAAAAACUGCCUUGUUUUCAAGCAUCAAGGACCAGGACAAGAUUAUCAUUGGGAAUCAUGCCAGUUAUGCUCCACACCUGCACUAUUAUGCAGCGACAAAAAAUAUUCAAAUGAAAAACAGAUGGCGAAAAUACAUUAUAACAGUGAUGGAAAAUGGGCAAAAGCUGUUAGCAACUGCUUCAAAUUGAAACCCAGGAAAACCCCUGCGACGAUAAAGAGUAUUACAAAAGCGACUUUCACAGGCCUGAACGCUCCGAGCUUCUGGACAGGAAUAUCAAAAAAAGAAUCAAUUAUAUCUUCGAACUACAGUUUAGAUAAUAGCACCAAUCCACCUGUGACGUACGCAUAUGUCGUACGGAUAAACCAGACAACCUACGUCAGAUUUGCUAACAAAAAUGAUUCUAAAAAGGGCUUGUGCACUAGUGAAGUUUCAGAUGACACAAUGGAAAUACCCUCAAUGACGGCACGAGAUAUUCAAACAACUCUUUCGGAAUCAACCACACCAGACAAAGAUGGCACAAUGGAAACACCCUCAAUAACGACACGAGAUCCACAACCAACUAUUUCGGAGUCAACCACAUCAGACAAAGAUGGCACAAUGGAAACACCCUCAAUAACGACACGAGAACCACAACCAACUAUUUCGGAGUCAACCACAUCAGACAAUGGGACAAUGGUAAGUCUCGCUGCUGGUCUGUCCGUUUCUCUGGUUUUGCUUAUCGUAGUGACGAUCAUUAUGCUGCUGUUUUUGAAAAGGAGUGGACUUCUACCAAAGUGCUACAAGCAAAAUGAUGAACACAACAACCAUGCCGAAGACACCACGACAGAAAUAUCAUUCGUAUCACCGAUAUUUGAAUCUACUCCAAACAAAAUGAAUGCUUUAACAGCAACAAAUCAUUCUUAUUUUGUGCUUGAAAAAACAUUUCAUGGAGAAACCAAAGAGGAGACCGAUCAUUAUGCAGAGCCAGAUACGACCGAUGUUGACCAUUAUGAUUUGACCGAAACUUCGCAAAAAUAUUCUGCCACAACCGAUGGCAAAAAUGGCUCAGCCAAGUUUGGAUUGGCUAAGCCAAAUAGUAAUUAUAGCAACGUCACAUUUCAUGAAACGGAUGAGUACGACCAUAUUCAUCAAAAUCGGGGACAUCCAAAGUCGGCCAGACAAAUGGAAAAUGCAUACGAUAUAUCGACUCAUGUAAUUGGCGGCAAACGAAAACAUAAUUUCGGAGACGACAGUGAUACCUAUAAUCAUUUGAACAUACGUGAUUUGGAGAGCUCUGUCACCGAUAACGUUUAUGGAUGGUCAGAAACAGAUGACAAUAGUGGAUAUACAUGUACUACUUAAAGUGUCCUUAAACGUAACAGGAAUAUAGCUGUAAAUGAUCAGCAAAAUGAGUAUGCCGUGAUAAAAAAGAAAUUGUAGAAUUGUUUGCCAGUUAAGGACGUUUAUGAUCAUUAUUUGAUCAUUUAAACUUAUUCAAUUUUAUGUCUUAUAAUCAACAUUGCAUGUAGUGAUAGUCAAAUAAAUCAUGUCACAUGUUUCCGAUAAAUCCCAUUUUUGUAGAUUUGAUCAAUCCGUUCUACUGAUUGCAAAUACACUUACUAAAACGUGCUCUUCAACUAUUAAGCAAAUCAUUAUCGCAAUGCCAUUUUUACAUGUCAGUGUUUUGCAAAUAAUGUAACAAAAUUAAAGUUUGGUUGUAUACAACCAUGUCGCUGCAGAGAUGAAACCAAAAAACGAUCAACUCCUGCACUAAAAUGCCUAUCUUUGUCUUAAGUUUUAAAGUGAAUAUCUGGCCGCUUUUCUGCCGCUGUACAUCUCAUUAUGUCUAAUUUCAGUCCCAAAUUAGCAUAAUAAACCUAGUUUGCUACAUUAGCUGGAGGAGCUGGAUUAACUGAUUUAAUGUUAUACUUGCUUUUAUUGCUAUGUUUUACUAUGUUCCAUGCAUUUUUUAUCUGAUUGUAAAUAAAUUCUACGAUUAU